AUGGGUCAGUUCCGAUUUCCAAUCAAGACGAAACUUCCACCCGGGUUUCUCAACACUCGGGUUAUCCGGGAUAACUUCAAAAGACAGCAGUUCCAGGAAAACGAAACAACAACAAAGGCACUCAAGUUUAUGGCUCGCAACACGCUCUUGCCAGCGAAGCUAAGACUGCAAGCACAGUUGAAGCUGAAUAUGAUGCCAAACUACACGAGAUUGACACAGGUGAAAAACAGAUGCGUCGAAUCCGGGUCUGCGAGAUCAGUACUCUCAGAUUUCAGGCUUUGUAGAACACAAUUUAGAGAAAAGUCUCUUAGAGGGGAGCUCCCUGGUGUCAAAAAGGGUGUUUGGUGA